AUGAAAGUCGCUUAUGAAGACGACAACUCAGCAACUCUUAGGUUUUUGCUAAGUCAACCUUUUAUAGAAAUAAAUUCUCUGACUCAUGACAAGAAAUCUUGUCUCCAUCAUCCAGAGAUUUGUGCAGAAAUCAAACGGUAUAUUAAGCAUUUAAAAAUUCAUCCCAUUUUAACGGGACAAUUUAUUUGUGGAUAUAAUCAUUGCGGUGCAACAUUUAGAUUUGAAAACUCUCUUAGAAGUCAUAUUAAUCGAUCUCAUAAUUUUACACGUGAAGAAGCAGGUAGUUUAGAGUCAAAUAAUAAGCAAAAACUUGAGCUCCUAGAAUUGAAAUGUAAUGUUCUUUAUUGCACACAGAAAUUUGAUGAUAUUAAAAAAUUUAAAACACACUUAAAUAAUCAUAUUAAAGACGGUGUAGCUGUUCAAUGUUAUUUUCCGGAAUGUAAUAAAACUUACAGAAAAGUCAACUCAUUGUCAUCUCAUAUAUCUAUAAACCAUAACGAGAAAGAACUCAAAUUUCCGUCAUCUGAAUCUGGAUCAUCUGUAUCUGAAGAAUUAUCCGAUGAUGAGAUCUGCGAAAAAGCUCCAUUAGUCACCCCGAUUCUCAUUAUUCGAGGAAAUAAUUUACACGAUUCAGCCAAUAAAUACGAUGUUAUAAUCGAAAAACAAAAAUCCGUUUCCGUGGAGUCAUUUCAAAAUGGAAUUUUAGUUACUUUUCUAAUGUAUUAUGUAUUUGCUUUAGAAUAUCCUAAAAGUAUCGAAGGAACAUUGGAAACAAUUCAAAGAUUGUUCCUUGAAAUCUGCCCCCAAGAAGGGACGAAGCGCGCCAGCAAAACCAAAAAAGCGACUGCCAUACAUCCAAAAGUGUUAUCUUUAACUGACAACAUUGGAAUAUACACGGAUUCAGAUUAA